AUGAGAUCGGCUCAAGUAGCAAAUGAGUGGUUUGGCGCAGUUCUGGCAGGAGACACUGGUACGGUAAUCCGGCUGUUGCAUAGGUGUAGAGGGUGGUACAACGCUGACGGCUACACUGCCCUAAUGUUAGCGGGAGUGCAAGGGAACAUAAAGCUGAUCCGCAUCCUCAUGGAGCACGAAAGUUCCCUUUUGUCAAAGCAAGAAGAUAUGACUGCUCUGAUGCUUAUCACAAUUCACGGAUCAGUAAAUUCUGCAAAGACGUUGCUGGAGGUAGAGGCCAGAAGGCAGAACUCACGGGGCUUAACCGCACUAAUAUUAGCAUGCAUCAAUAACAACGAGGAUAUGAUUAAACUCCUUAGUAAAAGAGAGACAUGCUGUCGGACUACUUUGGGGGAAACGGCACUGAUGUACUUGGUGAGGAGAAAUAACUACAAGUGCAUGCACUACGUGUUAGAAAUGGAAGUAAAGGCGCAAAUGAACAGCGGCUAUAGUGCGUUGAUGAUGGCUGCAGAGCUAGGGUAUUAUGAGUGUGCAAAGCUGCUCGCCAACAGAGAACACUGCCUUCAGAAUUGCGAGGGAGAAACAGCACUAAUGAUUGCCGUUAGGGAGGGGCAUUUCAAGAUCGCCCGGCUUCUGGUCAAGUCGGAGAAGCGGUAUCAGAAUUCAGAAGGAUGGACUGCAUUGAUGCUCAGUAUCAGAUAUCAAAUGCAUCGAAUAGCUACCAGACUGGUUAACGAUGAGCAAGGCAUCUUCUCCCGCAACAAUAUCUCGGCUCUCAUGUUAAGCAUUUACUAUGAGAUGCCCGAAAUAACGAAAGUACUCAUUCAGAAAGAGGUUGGAAUGGUAAUAAGAAGCAUCGAAGAAACAGCAGCGGUAGUACACCACCAUCUACGACCCAAGCAUGCACAAGUUAUCACCUCCCACUACCUUCGGAAACAUGGCAUAGUUGACGUUUCUUUGAGUGGCAGUAAGAUACCUCUAUCGAUGGCCAACAUUGAUCUCUUGUCCAACAGGGAUAUAUCCAAUGAUCAAGAGUUAGACUCCACGUUUAAGCCCGGCCGAACAGCCUAUAUGAUAGCAAUUCUAAAGAAGAACUUCCUAGUAAUGGAGCUGCUUCAUGAGCAUGAAUGUGGCCGGCAAGACCACGAUGGGACAAGUGCUGCGAUGCUGGCCUUGGAGGUCAUGUACACGGAGCUCUGCCAUCGCUUAAAGCAAAUUGAGGAUGGGAGUGACGUGGAAAGCCUGUAUGAUUUUAUUCGUGAUAGAACUUGGAGGCAAUUCCUGUGUGCUAUCGACCGACUUCUUCCAAAGGAGGCGGGGUUGCAGAAUAACGAGGGACAGACGCUUCUUAUGCUAGCAGUCAAGCAUGGUGUUGGCCUUGCAGAGCGAAUACGUGCUCUUAAACGAAAUAUAAUGCUAUUCAGGCGUCUUGGUCGAGAAACUUUUUUUGAUCUUCUCAAUCCAAAUCUCUCACAGCAGUCUGUUAAUACAAUCUUUCAAAAAAAGCUUGGAUUGAUAGAGGAUGGUGUGCUCCCAAGUGCUGAAGAUCAACGAGUAGAAGACAGCAGUGCACAUGAGUAUAGUGUGACCAUGGUUGAGCAUGAACUUACAGGGUCCUAUGCAAGCGUGAAUGUAAGCUUUCCGAUGAAUAUUUUAGACAGUGACGAGGAAAGCAUAGAGCAGAGCAUCCGUGCGCUUAAGCAGCAGACCAGGCGCCGGUUUGCCAUGAACAGGACAAGCAAAAGUCAGAGCGAAGGCACCAAGCUGAGCAUUAAAAACGAUCAGGUGUCCACUUGUGACAGCCCAUCAUUGGACUCUGAGAAAGACCCAAAGGAUGAAAGUAUGGAGAUAGUUCAAGGUACUGCUCUAAGGGCCUUUGCCGGUUAUGAAGCAGCGCCGCUAGAUACUAUAUUGUCUGCUAGAAGUCCGCAAAUAUGCAGUGCUAGUGGGAAAGUAAUCAGUACAAGAACCGGAGUUCCCAACAAUUUGGUUCAGUUUGACGAUGAAUCAAGCAGUGACUACCUAGAUGAGACCGAUUACUAUAAGUAUGAGGCAGACACAGAUAUCCGCAUCAUGCUGCGCGAUAAGAUUAUGCGAAUAUCCUCAUGUUUUAUUAAACGUCACCCGGAGGAAUUGGAUGAACUUUGUACACUUGCCUGGACAACACAUGUAGAGUUACUCCUCACCAUCGCAAAAUGGGAGGCCCGGAUGAAAGACAUUCGUGGGCAAACAGCACUCAUGUACGCUGUAAGUCAUCUUCAUUAUUCAGUAGCUAGCGUCCUGGCGUCUUUGGAGGGGAGCAUGCAAGACAACCAGGGAAAUACGGCCCUAAUGCAUCUUAUUUUGACUGCUCAUAGAGUCAGUAUCAAAAUUGAGCCCAUACAAGCAGCUCUGCACCAUGCUACCAGCAUCCUUCAAGGGAAGCAUGGUGCAGAGGCAUCGUAUCCAAAGAGCACUUAUGUACUUUACGAACGUUCUACAAUCAGGCAGAUGAUGAAAAUACUGGAGGUCCUGUGCCCCAUAGAGCAAGGUAUGCAUAACAAACUAGGACAGACAGCAUUGAUCUUUGCCGCUGCAAACGGUAAUUUUGACGCUGUCAGAGCACUGCUGGCGGUUGAGUGUACAAAACAAGAUAAUUAUGGAUUCUCCGCUCUCAUGUAUGCUAUCAAAAGCGGAAAUGUUAACAGCGCCUUGUUACUUGUCCCGCUAGAGACACACUUGGUUACAUGGAAAAAGGACACUGCACUUAUGAUGACUGCCCGCUAUGGCAUCUUGAAGAUCUGCAGUGAGAUCCUGAAGAUGGAAACCUCUCUCAUACGGCGACAAAACGACGAUGGAUAUACUGCUCUGAUCUUCGCGGCCAAGCAUGGCCAUGUUGAGCUUGUCAAAGCUCUACACGAUUAUGAGUUUACCAAGCAGGACCUCCUUGGUCAGACAGCGGCUAUCCACGCUGUCCUGGCAGGUCACAUAGAAUGCGUUAAACUACUUGUCGAGGAAUUCGAUAUCGUAGAUAAUGCUGGUCAGACAAUAGGUCAAAUAGCAAACAAAAUGGGACAUGUAGAAAUUAUAGAGUUCUUAGAGUUCCUCUUCGAUUGA